CUACCGAAGAAGAACGCUCGCCUCUGGUCCUCCAAGGCUUGGACAUCGCGUCUCUCCUCCUUCUCCUUUUACUUCCUCCGACUCCGCAAUCUCGGGUCGCUUUGCAACCACACCAAAGCUCUCUGCCUCUCCGCCGCCGCCAGACACGCUCCGAUGGAGAUGGCCCAGAUCGAGUUAUAUGACAUUACCGCCGUGGAGUUGGUGGAUUCGCUUCCUCUCGUGAGAAGAGCUGAUCCUCAUAACCUUCAUUUUUUCGAUGGUGCGUUUGAUUUCGCGUUUACUGCGCAUCUUGAUGAUGCUCUGUUUCCGUGGAGGGUCGUGGAGGGGAUGGAGAGGGCGGUGAGGCGAGGCCGGUUUUGCGUGGUGGCGGUUGAUGAAUGCGGUGGGGAUGAUGUUAGGGAGAUUGCUAGACUGUUCUUGAAGUCUAAGCUCGUUGAUGUUGCUAAUGUAACCUUAGAAGGAUCCAAAAAGACUAGUAUACUACUCAAAGUUCAAGACAUGACUGACUCUGUUUUUGUCUUAUCAAUGUUUGUGCCACCAAAAGCGAACCCAGUUGAAGAGGAAUGA